UUGACCCCUUCUCUGCAAGCUCAUUGGUCGUCUGUGCACGCGGCAGUGCCCGUAUAACCCACGUGACCCCAAGGCUGCUGACACUGAGCUGCUGCGUCUUGCCUAAGGAUGUUGGGAACGGCGCUAAGGAGGAGCGGGCUGCGCUCAUUGGUCGAGCGAGUGACUGUGCUGAAAGGAGGGUCUGUACCUGCUCAGAACCCGGUUCCCACAAGGAGAUGGAUGUGCAGCAAACCCCAAGAGGUGAAGCCAAAAGAGCCUGGGGUCACCUUCAAGGUACCGGGACACAGACCGACAGACUUUGAGAAGAAGAUUCUGGUGUGGGGAGGUCGCUUUAAAAAACAAGAGGACAUACCUGAGCUUGUCUCGUACGACAUGGUGGAGAUGGCAAAGAGUAGGGUGCGGGUGAAGGUCUCCUACAUCAUGAUCAUAAUGACCAUACUGGGCUGCAUCACUAUGGUGGUUUCUGGGAAGCAGGCGGCUGCUCGGCACGAGUCUCUGGCCAGUUGGAACCUGGAGAAGAAGGCGCGGUUGAAAAACGAGUUGCAGAAGGAGGCGAUCACCAAAUAGGAGUGAAAUGAGGGUCCAGUAGCCUUCACAGUGCCCCCCCCCCCACCCUUAGUCCAACUGUUUGCAGAGAUUCUAGACACAGUGGCUGCCCACCGCUCUAACACUAUUUACUGUAUCACUGAAUUACCCACGUGAUCAUUGUGACUGCUGCCCACCUGUACGCUGGCACCCCCAGUCAUUGGUACCUAAUUGUCCCAUUGCAGUGGUUUGGAUCAAGACUCCUGCAUCUCCUUACGGUCUCAGCCGCUACAUUCAUAGGUUAAUUAAAGAAGUUCUUCUCUUCA